AAAUACUUAUUGAAAGAAUAACUAAUGUUUAUAAUUACGAUUUGCUUGUAAUUUUAAAAAAUUUACACGAUGUAAGAAGAUUUUAGUGUCGGCGAAACAAGUCUGAUCCUUUCGACGCGUGCGCUGAUGCUACAAGAGUAAAGUGCGCAGUCAGCUUACGGUGCUAACUUCAGUCGAUUCACAUGGCGCAACUUUUUGAAAAUUAAAAGCUAUAUCGUUUCAAUUAAAACAACAAUUAUAUAAUAAAUUAUAUAAAAAAUAUGAGUUAUAAGAGAUUUAUAUGGAAAAUUAAUAUUUUUGAAAAUAACUUUAAUAAAUAUAAGAUAUUGCGAAACACUUUUUUCAUCGUCGUUAUGCUUGGCUUCUUGAAAUAAAAUUGAUAACCCUAGGAGGCGGGCUUCUCGAACAUCUGCUCACUUGGGGUCUACAGAAUUUUUAUACGCAAACGCAGUAAUACUAUUUUUGUCUUUUAUAGUUAGAGAGACAAAAAUUCUUUUAUGUUGAAUUAAUUGUUGAUGGAAGCUAAGCGAAUCAAUAUCAGCUGUUUACUUCAAAGAUAAUUUUAUAAAAGAAUGAGUACAAGUAAAUAGAAAAUUCAGAAUUAUUUGAAAUGAAAAAAAUUUCAACGACUGUCCAUUAUCCUGAAUAUAAAUUUAUUGAUUGUGCCUAUAAUAAUGUUAAAUAUGACUACGAAAAUUAUUGGUUGCAUUGGAAAAUGUACAUCUGGUCUGACAUUAGAGGAAUUAGAUCAAAUUACAGAUAAUAUUAAUCAAACACUGCAACAUCCAAAAGGAAGAGAUGUGUUUAGAAAAUAUUUAAAUUUGUCUCAUCGCAAUGAUGAUUUGGAAUGUUUGGAAUUAUAUGAAAUUUGCACAAAAAUUGCAGAUAAAGAAGAAAAAUAUUUCAAAACAACGAAGGAACCAACCCUUGAUGAUUUGAAAAAUGAUGUCAAUGGUGCUAUGGCGUUAGCAGAAGAUUUGGACGUUCCGGAAAUAGAUUUGUCUAUUAUGUUAAGAUUUAAUGAAGCUGUAAAUAGCGAAUCUCGAGAAGCAAUGUUAAACAUUUUACAAGACACGAAAUUACGUUUACUGGAUCAUUUAAGAAAUGCUCACAAAGGAUUUAGAACGUACGCCUUAAAGCCUUGUCCUAAUUCUAAACAAAAGUAGUCAAAUUUUCGAAAAAAACGUACUUAAAUUUACCUUAAAAAUUGAGAUUUCAAUUUUUCACUUAAAAUCUCAAGAAAUAUUAUUAUUUAUUGUCUAAAAAUUUUUGUUUAGUUUCUAUUAUAUUUUUAUAUAAUAAAAAUAAUUUUGUGAUAAAUUA